CCAGUCUGCGCCUGCGCGGCCGCGGGUCAGUCCUGGGCGGUCGCCCUCGUCUUAGCAGCGGGUCCUUCUCUUCUUCUUCCUCCUCUUCCUCCUCCUCCUUGUCGUGGUGGUGGCGGCGGCCCUGGGCCCGGGCCUCCUCAUGGGGCUGCUGUUCGCCAAGCUGUGGAGCCUCUUCUGUAAUCAAGAACACAAAGUGAUCGUCGUGGGCUUGGAUAAUGCAGGGAAGACCACCAUCCUCUAUCAGUUCCUGAUGAACGAAGUGGUCCAUACGUCUCCAACAAUAGGGAGCAACGUCGAAGAAAUCGUAGUAAAAAACACUCAUUUUCUCAUGUGGGAUAUCGGCGGGCAGGAAUCAUUGCGGUCGUCGUGGAAUACCUAUUACUCCAACACGGAGUUCAUCAUUCUCGUGGUUGACAGCAUUGACAGGGAGCGAUUGUCCAUCACACGAGAAGAGCUAUACAGAAUGCUGGCCCACGAGGAUUUACGGAAGGCCGCCGUGCUCAUCUUCGCAAAUAAGCAGGACAUGAAGGGGUGCAUGUCGGCGGCCGAGAUCUCCAAGUCCCUCACCCUGAGUUCAAUAAAGGACCACCCGUGGCACAUUCAGUCGUGCUGCGCGCUAACAGGAGAAGGGUUCAAGGACGGCCAGAGACCUAACCAGGAUCCUGGAAGUCUUAACGGCAUUGAGGAAUAUGAUGAGGGCGAAAUGAGAUGCCAUGUCAGCACGCGAUGGAAAGAAAUGAAGACACCAUGAAUGAUUGAUGUGCAGAUUCCAUCAGCAUCAGAGACUGCCCAUUUUCUGAACAAGGUCUGUCGUCAGUAUGAUUUGAUUCGCUUAAACCCUUAGUCACAGUUGCUACCUUACCACAGAAUUUAAUUUAGCUCUGUUUUAAGAAGUCAUGAAAUUUCUAAGGUGGGGUAAAUUGACAGAAUACCAAUAAAAGGUAGAAGAUGAGAAAGUGACCGU